GUAAAGGCAGUUCAACAUAGACUCAGACAAGUAAAACUCAAGAAAAGAGACCCUACCAAGCAAGAACCAACACAAGACUUUAAAAGACACCAAUACUUGUCAACCAGUAGCAAGACUAGUAAAGUAAACCUGAUAUAUUGCUGUGUAUAUGAAUAGUUGUUAAGUUUUCUUACAAUUACUACGGACUACAACAUUAAAAAUAUUCAGUAACUGCAUCAUAUCUGGUUGUAUUGCAGCAGCUAAAAAAUUCAACAUUACACAGUAAAUUUUUAAUAUUUAACCAACGGAUUUUAAUUACAUAUUCUUGAUAUUAUUAUAUUUAAUUUUAUAUAAUUAUCAGCAUCAGAAUCAGCACCAGCAGAGUUGAUAUUGACGUACGAUUAAAUUUGUUGUGUACUCCAAUUAUUUUUCAAGGCAGUUGGGAGAUAAGUAAAUAAAUCAUCAUGUACAAAAAUGGACCACCACCUUCGUAUGAUGAACCCCCACCAUCAGCACCACCCAGUUACUUUCAAAGCGUAGGUGGUGUACCACCAGCAAGCCCAUUUACACCAGCACCGACGUAUGCUAAUGGGCCGACCAUCGUAACAACAAUAGUUCCGUUGGGUCCAGGACCUACCCAUACAAUUUGUCCUCAUUGCCAUGCUGAGAUUGAGACUGCUACCAAAACAGAACCUGGAAUGAUUGCUUACAUAUCUGGUGCUGUCAUUGCUUUACUUGGAUGUUUCCUGGGAUGCUGUUUAAUUCCCUGUUGCAUUGAUGAGUGCAUGGAUGUACACCACACUUGUCCGAACUGCAAAGCUUAUCUUGGACGUCACGGCAGAUAAAAAACUGUUUUCAUCAUUACUGCAAUUUUUUUUGUAGUAAUUUGAAUACUUAUAUAUAUUUUUACAAAGUAUUUCAACCGGUCCAUUCGGAAUCUCAUGGCAGAUCUAAGCAGCUAAUGAUUUAAAUGUUUCUUGUUUUAAUCUCUUAAAAACUUUUAUUUUUGACUAUUGAUUAUCAAUCUCAUGCUUCGUAUUUACAAAAAAAAUCUGAUUAAUUUUAAUAACGGAAGUGAGAAAAAUAAUUUAAAUUUAAUUGACAUGGAAGAAUGAGUAGUCGAAUUAUUUUAAACAGUACGGAGGGUUAUUUAAAUAUUAAAUACAAAUAUUUAAUUAAGAACAAAAUUAUAAUUAUAAUUAUAAUUAUAAUUAUAAUCAAUUUUUAACAAAGAUAAAUGACAACUGAUAUUUAUACAAUUAAUUAAGAUUUUAAAAGGGAAUUAUUAUGUUUAUAUUAAUGAUUGUUAUAUUUUAUUUCUUUCAUAAUAUUGUUACAUUCUUUCAAAAAUAUGUCACAGGUCACAUUUAUACUUAUCAGCUAAUUGAAUAUUAAUAUCGACGUCCUCAGUAUAAAACUUUUUGUCCCGCCAUAUUUUACAAUAUAACUUAAAUAUUUAAUGUCAAUACAUUUUGAAUUACUUAUUAUUAUUUUAAAGGAAAGUUAAAGGAAAUUGGGUAGCGGUAUUUUCCUGCAAAUUAACUUAUUUUAUUUUUUAAUAUAUUUUAUAAAUAAUUAUACUUUUUUAUAGUAGGGUUGAAAAAUAUUAUGAUUGUUUUUGCUUCCCGUUAAAUUUAGAAAAUUUUAACUCAGAAGUUUUUACUGAGACUGAUCUCGUAUAAGUUUAAAAUCAUGAAUUAUUUAAAAACUUUAAGUUUAAUAAUUUAUUUUUGGAUAACAUUCCAACGACUAGAAAAAUUAUACGAGAUUUAAUUGAUAUUCAAUGAAUUUUAUAUAAAAUAUUUAUUUAUCAGGGAACACAAGUGCUAUUUCAGUGCCUUAAAUUAUAGUACAAUUAAAUAAUUCUCAUUAAUUCUAGCUUUCCUACUUGAAUUAUUUAUUUAAAAAAAAAUAUAUACGAACAAAAAAUGGAUUUUAUCUCGCACACUAAUAAUAUACACAAUGAUUAUAUUCGCUUUAAUAAUUGUACAAUAUCCAUAUAUAUUUUUUCAAUGAUGUUACAGUUUUCGCUGUAGCGAUUGCCACAAUUGUGCCUUCAAUUACGUGUCUUAUUUUAUUAUUUUAUUUUACACGUAUACUUUUUUUAAAUUAUUACAUUAGUAAGUAGACUACGCUUUUGACUAACAAUCUAUUUAAUUGGAUUUUUAAAAUAUAUAUCUAUAUAAAUAUAU